UCGCACAACCAUCGCAAAUUCACAAUGGCUACCUUGGAUAAUGCGAAUCCUACAAUCCUGAGUGCUUCGCAGUUGCCGACCCGGCAAAAGAAGGCUGAGCCUCGUCGUGGUCCUGAAUCGAAAUACGACGAUAUUAUCUUUGCAAAGCCAUCCUAUCUGUCAGGCCCUUUUGCCGGCCCGACUUCUGCAGCAUGGCCUCAAUUGAACGACCAACACGAUGAAUUUUCAUCUGAAGCUAUUGAUGAGCAAGAGAUUUAUGAUCUAAUCUCAACAAUCUCGGAUCCUGAGCACCCGGUUUCACUGGGCCAGCUGUCAGUGAUCAACCUCUCUGAUAUCCACAUCACUCCUUCUCCCGCCUUUGGUGUUCCUGACCCAAACACAAUCGUGCAGGUGGUUGUGGAGAUCACACCAACCAUCACCCAUUGCUCAUUGGCCACUGUCAUCGGACUUGGAGUUCGAGUUAGACUCGAGCAAGCACUGCCGCCCAACUACCGCGUGGAUGUGACCUGCAAGGAGAACAGCCAUAACCAAGAUGAUCAAGUGAACAAGCAGUUGGGUGACAAGGAGCGAGUUGCUGCUGCUUUGGAAAACGAUACCCUGAAGGGAGUUCUGGACAAGAUGCUGGAAACAUGCGCCUAGUCAUGGCCUACCAUUGUCGACCCUCGCUCUUUUAGAAGCUUCCAAAAUCGCAUGGAUAAUGCUUGCUGAUCUUCGUUGCCCACUAUCAACGUGUCAUUGCUGCUUUGAUUAUCAAAACGCGACAUCGUUUUCGUACCGAGCCCGGCUGGCAAACGCGAAAAUACUACCCUCCUGCCCUUUCAUCGAUGUCUUGAAUCUCGGUAUUCGAGACAGGGCAUUCAUUAGUCUUGUACUGACUGAACCGUUGAACUGGUAACAAACAUACAACUGGGGAAAAUACCGACUCGUGAUUGGAGAAGAGGAACAAGGACAUCAAUCAAGGCCCCUCAAUCAUCUAAAUAAGGUUCAAGCUACUACCGCGAACAUAUCACGCUGCUCAAAAUGGGGAUUCUAAGACGUGAACAAUUACACCACAACCAUGUGGACAUUUCGUUGUAUCAGACCAGACUAUCGAACGCUGGAUUCCUUAGCGGGAGUCGCGCAAUGUCACCU